GAGUGAGUGUCUAGCCGGAGCGAGUGAACGGUGGUUGGUCUGAGGAGAAGGAAAGUACUGGCUGGCUAUAGCGAGAGCAGGGCUUGAGGUUACCGGUGGACCCCUACAGUCCUAAGGACCUCAAAAUCGUGUGGAAAUGUCUCGCUACGGCUACGGUGGUCCCCAUUCCAACGGGGGAUACUCAGCAUCGGCACCGUAUUCCUCACCUUGGUAUGAUCGGUUCGAUCGAAACUCCGAUGGGAGGCCGGGCUUCUACGAUUAUUACCCAGGCUUCGGAGGAGGCUAUCCCGGGGGAGGUCCGAGCCGCUUCGAACCGUACCCCCCUCGAAUGAUGGACCGUAGAGGAGUCAGACCGAAAACGAACUUCUCACCGAAAAACUCAAAGUCUGCCCCGCCGAAGAAAACCAACCGCCGACCCAGUGGCAAGCGAACCUCCGCAGUACAGUUCACGGCGUCUCGUAGUCGUUUGAAGCCGCCGUUCGUCAUCUCCCAGUCGAAAUGGGGGAAUAGCAAUCGUUCGUCGUGGAUUUUCCCUCGUUUUGGUGACUACAUAGAUACCGAGGACACUCCAAUUUGGCUUUCGGAGGACGACCUCACCACAAAGUUCGAGGUUCCGCGCGACAAUCAAUACUGUCCUGAUUGCGGUGUCCUGAUAAUAAACGCCAAGAGGCACAAAAGCUCCGAGUUUCAUAGAGAAAAAGUCGAGGAGAAGAAAGGAGUCGUACCGAGAUGGAAACUCGAGUUCUUGGAACGCAAGAAGAAAUACGAAGAGAGGAAAGCUGUCGGAGGGGCUGCGGGUAAAGACGACGAGGACAAAGAAGACGAAGAUAAGGAGGAUGAUUCCAAUGACGAAGAUGAGGAAGAUAACGAGAUCAACAAGGGCGACGAGGAGAAACCUUCCGAUUCUCUUCCUGAUUCUCCGAAAGACGAUGUUUUAGAUAUCGAGGAAGCUAUGGAGACAGCCGAAAAUAUUCCCAACGGAAUCGAGGCUCAUUGCUAGUUGCUCACGUGGAACAAUGAUCUCUUCGCGUAGAUUGACUUCUUGCCGGCAGGCGAAACCGCGAUCUAGAUCCUCAAUUAUGACUUACGACGAACCGC